CUAGUGUUGUGGGGUGUCCAACGUCACGUUCCGCUCAGCAACAUAAUGCUGUCGAGUGGCGAGUGGGACGGCUGUGUUUUACUAGGAGGAAGUGAGCGGUGUUGAGACGGGAUUCACGCCACGAUAAUGACGCACUCGUUUUGCGGCCGGUCGGACAGCGAGGCCCUGCACGGCUGGAAGUGACAGAGUGGACGCUCCUGCCGCCUGGAUCCUUCAUUACACUGUAAACAGUGAGCGCAUCUCCACCUGCUUCCAACAUGAGCCGGGACAUUCCCAUCCACAGCUGGCCUGGCUCCUACUACAUCAACAGUGAGAAGAGAUGGGAGAGCGGCACCCUGUCCCUCACCAGGACCACGGUGCGCUUCACCUCCGACCACAGCAAAGACACUCUCGCCAGCUUCCGCCUCUCCAAGAUCAUGGAGAUCAAGAUGGAGUCGUCCAGCUUCAUCUUCAGCACGCUCACGGUGCUCGAGGAGGGCAACGUGAAGCACUGGUUCGGGUCGCUCAAGCCCAACAGGGUGGUGGUUUACAAUGUGCUGGAGCAUUUCUGGAGAGAGCGCCUUCUGUCUCCCACCGCGGAGGCGCAGGGGGCCGAGGCGCAGGGGGCCGAGUCCCAGCCGUCCAAGGGCCGAGAGCUGAUCAACCUGGUGGCAGGGGCCCAGAGAAGACUGGAGGACACGGGCCGAGUCCUCAGCCACCAGGGAGAGCAGUUUGACAACAUGAUGCAGGGGCUGGAGAAGAUUGACUCCGAUCUGGGCGUGGCUGACAAACUCCUGUCAGAGCUGGAGUCUCCGUCAUGGUGGCCGUUUGGUAAACUCCCCUGGAGGGCUCAGCAGGAGGCCAAGGCAGAAGAUGCUGCGAGAGCUGCCGCCGCCGCUGCUGGCAGGGGAUCGGGGAGAAACAAGGUGAUCGCCAGCGUUCCAGCUGUGGUGUCCAAAGGCGGGGACUCAAACUUGAAACCCGGAUGCUUGCUGGUGAUGGUGUCCUCCCUGGAAGUGCGAGACACAAACUACCAGCUGCUUCACCACUUUGAGCGAAAUGAGGUCGACGAAAUCAGGGUACACAACCCUUACGAGAUCAGCGUCAGACAGCGGUUCAUUGGAAAGCCAGAUAUAUGCUACCGGCUCCUGUCUGCCAAGAUGCCAGAGGCGAUGUCAGUGCUGGAGAUGCAGUACAAGAAGAAGGUGGAGUACACCAGUGAGUACACCGCCUUCAGGACGACUCCAGCCACAUCUCCGUGUGACAGAGAGGGCUCCUUCUGGAAUGAAGGUUUGCUGCAGAGGUGCCAGGACACAGAGCUCCCAGUGGAGGUCCCAGCAGGGGAGCUGUCCCAGUUGCAAGUGCAUGUCCUCCAGCCAUCUGUCAGUCAGGCUGAGGCCCAGGAGCUCAAACAGAUGCUGAUGCAGCUGAAGAACCUGGCCCUGGAGGCGGAGACAGAGCUGGAACGCCAAGACGAGGCUCUGGAUGUCCUGACCAGCUCCACGGACCGGGCCACCAUGCACAUAGACAAGCACACCUGCCGCAUGAAAAGGCUGCUCUAGCUCCGACAGUCCAGCAGUCACCAUGUCACUGCUGAGAAAUGCACCGUCCGCAGGUCCCAGGUGUCAGUAAUCCCCCAUGGACACAGUUUCCCUUCGGCUUAAAGUGUUGCAUGUCUCAAUAUUGCCGCUCUGUAUUGCAUCAAGUGGAAAUGUCCCAUCAUUAUCAGCGUAUAGGGAGAGAUUGUGAAUGUGCAACUAAGUCCUGGGAAGAACACAGAACAGAACACACCCCUUUCCUCUGUUCUUAAUAAUUUAAACAUAAAAUACUCCAUGGUACAUGAUCUGUAUGUAUAUGUAUUGCUAGAGAUGGAUACCUGUAUUAUCUGUAAAGGACUUGCACAUAUAUUGUAAUACUGUAAUUUUAUUGUGGUCUGUUAAUAUUGUGAACUUGUAAUGAGCCGUUAGUCAAACUUGAAAUAUCUAUAUCAUGUUUUACAAUAAUGACCUGGAUGCUGCAUCCAAAUCAAUAAUUCUUACUCUUUUUGCUGAUGAUACCAACCUUAUCUUGACACAUAUGAAGAUCUUGUAUUAACAGAAGGGAAUGCUUGUCUAAAAAAAUCUCUCCCAGUGAUUAGAGCUACACAGAUUAUUCCCGAUUAUAGUAAUAAUAAUAAUAAAAAAACAGAUUCAUCAUUUUCAUAGGAAAAAAACAAACAAAAAACAGAAAAACAAUAAAUGCAACCACACAAAUUUCCUAAAAAUGAGAUUCUUAUAAGUCAUGAGAGUAAGUAAAAACUAAUAGUUUUGUUUGUUGUUAAAUGACCAAGUUUCAAAUCGACAAGAUUGAUGGUUUGAUUACAUACUUAUAACACUAUAUUUUGAUUUACACUUACCUCACGUACUGCUUGCCCUGGGCUUCCUUGUUCGCCACCAGUCUCCUCAAGAUCCAUUUUAGAGACGAGUCAUGAGGCCUGGUGAGCCACUUUAAGUAGCAGUGCUUAUCCCUCACCACCACCAAGAAAAACAACCUGUGGGCGCCCCGGUGGCUCAGCGGAUCAGAGCGCGUACCAUUUACCAAGGCUGAGUCCUGAUUGCAGUGUCCUGGGUUCGAAUCCAACCUCAGGUCCUUUGCUGCAUGUCGUCCCCCCUCUCUUCCCUGCCCUUCCUGUCUCUCUCUACUGUGACUCACAAAUAAAAAGCAGAAAUGCCAAAAAAAAAAAAUCUAAAAAAUAAAUACAAACUGUAAAUCAGCUGGAAUCCCUUCACUUGAAGGUGAAUUAACAAGUUCACACUCACACCACUAGACACAACCUGCACCGUCCACAUGCUUCAGUACUCACCAUUAAUUCUUCAAAACAAACAGAAGUAGGAUCUCAGUGAAUAAUAGAUUCCAUUUCAUAUAAACUCUUAAGAAGCUGUGUGAGUCUGCCUUGGUAACUCAACACACACAUUCCCUUUCUUUACCUCCUCGUCCACUCAUGCAUGUACACACAGGAACUCACAAUCAUUACCACACUGACUUCUUCAAGGACUUCAUUGUCUGUAGUACAGCUGUUUUAAUUUUGUUUUAUUUCCUUGGUAGUGAUGGAUCUUAUUGUCAUUCUGUUGUUUUCCAUCAUGUUUUAUCUUGUUGUCAUUAGAUUUUGUUUUCUAGUCUGGUUUUAUUCUUGCUUGCCGUUCUGAUUUUCUGUUUGGUUGUUUGUUUGGUUUAAAGUGACGUAUUUCAUCUCAUCAGAAUUAUUUAAUGAAAACUUCCUCUUCUUUAGGUUUUUUGUUUGUUUGUUUUUUUUCCUCUUAUGCUUAAUCACUGAAUUGUCUGAACUUUUACUGUAUCAUUUUGAAUGUCUCAUGAAUGAAAUGCUAAAUAAAAGGUAAUAUCGGUAUGGUAGGUUCUUUCACUUUAGGUCAUUUGAAUGGUAAUUUUUUUUUUCUCUGUUUUGCAAACACUGAUAUGAAAAAUAUAAUAGUGCCUCAAGAUAUGCAUUGAAAAGCAAUAGGUGACAUCAAUCUGCACUCCCAUGUGACAAACUGCCACAGAGAAUAUCCAAACAAAUGCAAACUAGAAACGGGAACUAUUUACUGUGUCCACUGCUGUGCAUGCCGUUGCAUGGAAGUGGCUUGCUUUGUAAACUAGCCUGUUAUUAUAACAUCCUGUUGGCACCGGGACUUUGGCAUCUGCUGACCACCCCUGUCAGACCACGUUCACGAGAGAGAGAGAGGAAGGGGAGCUGCCUCGUGCCAACAGUGGACCACCAGAUGCAUUUGAUUUGACAAGUGGCUAUGAAUCAGGAAGAAGCGUCUGACAAAGGAGUUUGGAAGAAGACUGACAGCCUCAUUGAGCCGUCUGGUCCCAGUUAGUAUGAACUUAUCACUUCUAUUAAACACAGCCCGUCAUGAAAGAUGUGAGCGACCCAAACCACACAAGCACGGGAUAACACGAACGGGAUGCCCAGAUAUGACAUUAGGAAAAGCUCCUCCGGCAUGGUUGAAUAUGUUUUCCCUGUGGACUGUUUAUUUUUGUUGAUUUGAGUGAUAAACAGUCAGAUUUUGGAAUUCUCAAACUCCAGAAGCAUACCACAUGGUUAUGUGAAUUCCAACCCCUAAAAAAGGUUAGGGAAAUAGAGCACAUACUGGCGUGGUUUUGAAGCAGCCUCGCAAUACGAGGAAGUGGUGGCGGUCUUGUCUGACCACAGAUACAUGAGAUCCGGCUUUGCCUUCCUAACGGAUGGUAUGGAGACACGAGGGAUUUUGCUGGCCUUGACUUCCAAGUCUGUUUACUUGAUAGUCCUGCGGUGAGCGCUCUCAUUCGAGGAGCGUGUCUCAAUUGAUGGCAAAUCAAUCAACUCUUGCUGGGAAAAAGCAGCCUGAGUUUGUGGGCUGUGAGGGCACAUGUGGGUUGCACUCUGCUCUAAAAGAAGGAGCCAUGUAACUGUAAUAUAAACCAAGUUAGAUUUGUCAUUCUUAGGAAAAUAUCUAUGAAUUUUAAUUGUAACAACCUUGUGAAAUUAAACUACGUCCUUCCUCUUG